AUGGACUCAAAUAAUGCACCAAGAUAUCUUCUAAACCAUGCAGCUCUUUCUUCUUCUGUUUACUAUCAAGGAAAAGAAGAUGAUAAUGGCAGCAUCAUUGAUUUGGGACUUAGCCUUAGGGUUAUAAACCCUGCUGAGACUUAUCAUCCAUCCCCACAUCAUGGGAGCUAUGAGGAGCUGAUAGAUUGGCAGGAUCUGCACCCACAGAUAAGAAAUGGAAGGACUGAGAAGGAUCCAAGAGCCUAUAUUGAACAUUGUGAUGAUAAUGAAGCUGAGGGGAUUCAAAGCAAACUAAAAGAGAGGUGGGAUUAUGUGAAAGUUAACAUGGAUGGAGUAAUUGUUGGCAGGAAAAUUUGCAUUCUUGAUCACAUCAGUUACUCCACCCUUGCCCUUCAACUAGAAGACAUGUUUGGGAAACAAUCCAUAUCUGGGCUAAGACUAUUCCAAGAUGGUUCAGAGUUCUCCCUAUUUUAUAAGGAUAGGGAUGAUAUUUGGAGGAUGGUUGGUGAUGUUCCAUGGAAAGAAUUUGUGAAUCGAGUCAAAAGGUUGAGAAUCGUGCAGAAGGAAGAAGUAGCUAUCCAUCCUCCAUCAUCUUAAACUAUAAGUAAUUUUAAAAAAAUUGUAAGAGAUUCGAUUAUUGUAGAGUCAAUUUAGUUUUUAAAGUAUU